AUGGCCGAAUCUCAGCGUCGUCCUCGUGUCUUCUUCGACAUUCAGAUUGGCAAGCAAAAGACCGGUCGCAUUGCCCUUGAACUGUUCAACGAUGUUGUCCCUAAGACUGCGGAGAAUUUCCGUGCUCUCUCGACCGGAGAGAAGGGUGUUGGAAAGCAGGGCAAGCCAUUGAGCUUCAAGGGCUCCAUCUUCCACCGUGUGAUCAAACAAUUCAUGAUCCAGGGUGGUGACUUCACCGCAUUCAACGGCACCGGUGGUGAAUCGAUCUAUGGCGAGAAAUUCCCCGACGAGAACUUCGACCUGAAGCAUGAUCGCCCCUUCCUCCUUUCCAUGGCCAAUUCCGGUCCCGGAACCAACGGCAGCCAGUUCUUCAUCACCACCGUCCCCACCCCCCACCUGGAUGGCAAGCAUGUGGUUUUCGGCGAGGUGAUCAACGGAAAGAGCGUUGUUCGCAAGAUUGAGAACAUGUCUACUCAGGCGGAUAAGCCCAACGUCGACGUGACGAUCGUGGACUGCGGCGAAUUGACCGGCCAGGAGUACGACGAUGCCGACAAGCAGAUCCCCGACGUGACCGGCGAUCCCUACGAGGACUUUCCUGAUGACCACCAGGGCGAGGAGCUGAACGCCCCCGUGUGCUUCAAGAUCGCCUCGGAGCUGAAGAACUUCGGAAAUACCGCUUUCAAGAGCGGAAACCUCACCGUUGGUCUGGACAAGUACCAGAAGGGUCUGCGCUAUCUGAACGAAUUUCCCGGUCCCGACGAGAACGACCCCAAGGAGCUGGAGGGCCAGAUGAAGGCGCUGCGCUUCACCCUCCACUCCAACUCCUCCCUGCUGGCCAACAAGUUGGGCCAGUUCAAGAACGGCCAGACCUGGGCCACGUACGCGCUCGAGGUGGCCGAUGCCGCCAACGCUAAGGACGCCGACCGGGCCAAGGCCUACUACCGCCGUGCCGUCGCCAGCACCGGCCUGAAGGAGGAGGAUGAGUCUUUGAAGGAUCUCGAGCAGGCGUCUAAACUGGCCCCCAAUGAUGCGGGUAUCACCAACGAAGUUGCCCGGGUGAAGAAGGCCGUCAAGGACCGAGAGGCCAAGGAACGCGCCACUGCCCAAAAGUUCUUCUCGUAA